ACGGGACACGGAAAAACGUUAGAUUUCAAAUAAUCGCAUCCGCCUCCGUCUUGUGUGUGCUGCAGUGUGCAUCCGAGUUUAUUCUCGAGUGGAUGUGGGGAAGCGCCUCUGCGCCGGUCACAGGGUCAGUAAAUGUGGUUUAUGGAGCACCCACAGAACUUUUUACAACCAGGACUGUUUACUGGUUUUAAGAAUUUAGCAGCUGGAGAAAGCAAGCCUGGGUGAAGGUCCCAGACCCUCAGUAAGGCUUAAAACACAUUGUGAUGGAGGUCGAAGAGAAGGAUGCCUCCAACACCACAAUGGCCAAUGGAAGCGCCAGUUCAGGCAAACGUGGCAGGGGCAGACCUCGAGGGUCAGUAAAGAAAAAAAUUAUCUCCAUGAAAGAGACAUCUCACCACGCUAGAACGUCCAAACGGGUGGAUUUUUUUUCACCCGAGAUGGUGAUCAGGCCGAAAGCCAAGAAACGCGGCCGUCCAAAAAAGAUCAGAAUCCCAGGAAGACCGAGAAAGAUUCCCCUUAGUCCAGAGGAAGAAGCAGAGAGAAUUUUAAGGUUGAGCAAGAAACGGAAACUCUCGAAGCCCCUCGGGAGACCACGCAUCCAUCCUCUCGGACACAUGGCGAAGGAGAAACGGGGAAGAGGUAGGCCGCGCAAAUACGGACCCAUGGCUUCUCAAAAUGGCCGAGUUGACAGGAAUCUGAAAACUCUAAAGAUCUCGGAAGUAGGUGGCGACACUCCUCGAGGGAGGGGAAGGCCAAGAGGUUCUUUUAAGAAGAAGCGGGGGCGACCAUCAGGUCCAUCUCCAGCAAAAAGACCAAUACCAGGUACUCCAGGAAGGAGGGGGCGACCUCCAGGCUCCGGAACCAAGCUACAUGUCAAGCAGGUUGAAAACGGAACACCUCGAAAAAGGGGCAGACCGCCAGGCUCUAGAAAUAAGCUAAAGGUUAUUUCAGUUGAAUCGAACGGAACUCCUAGAAAAAGAGGCCGUCCUCCAGGGUCUGGUACAAAGUAAAAGUCGAAAAGCGGCUGACGAACAGCAUUCCCCGAAAGAGGGGUCGUCCUCCAGGUUCUGGGACAAAGAUCAAAGGUCUACUACGGGAAACGAACGGAAGUCCUCGAAAGCGGGGGCGACCCCCAGGAUCAGGCAAAGUCAAAACAGUUACAGAGGAGGCGGAACAUGUUCUCAAUAACAGUGCCUUGUCUGUGAAUGCCCAGCCCCGUAAGCGGGGACGCCCUAAAAAGCCGGAGUUCUCUUCAGUCGUUCAAGGCGAAGAAGCAAAGAGCAAGGAAAACGACGAACCCUCGCCCAAACGACCCCGUAACUCGUACGCUUCAUCCAAGAAUUCAAGUAAACCAGGCGCUGAAGACCAAAAGGCCAGUGAAAACGAUGCUUGCCAUGCAGUAGAAAAUGCUGUUCUAGCUGCUGGAGGUGCUGCAAAACCAGACCGUAUAGCGCAAGUGGGUGAAGAGCUAAAUCACGCCGAGGUUCACGAGAGUAACAGCAGAAAGAAUUUGUCCUCAAGGGUAGCAGGUAAAUCCCAAAAAAAGAAGUAAACCAUCGGGUAGAACAGAGCACAAAUAUUUUUUAAUGGGUUUUUACCAGAUUUCAUACAAAUCGUUUGACUUGUACCGAAGGUUAACAAUACAGACUUUUUUUCUCUCUCUCUCUUGUGUCUGUUGCUCAGCUCUUGUGCUUUUGCAUGUCUUUUUAAAUAAAAAGUUUAUUUUGAUA